AAUUUCUUGGAAAACAAAAUUCGUACAGUCGUUAUCAAACCGAAAGUUCGAGAAAAAAAUCGGGUUUCGAAAAAUAGAGUAAGUUUGUUACUUUGUUUACUACUUGCAAAUAAUAUUUCCAAUGCCAAAUAAAAAAUCUAAAGGAAGAGGCAGGGGUCGAGGGAGAGGUAGAGGAAAUGCGUUAGCUGAUAGUCAAGACGUUGGACGUCAACAACUGUCAGAAGACCAAGUGAAAAAAGAUGGAUCCUCUGUCCUCUCAGAGAAUAACAAUGUCCAACUUGAUAGCACAGCCCUUGGAACUCCAAACCAAUUCGCAGAUGCUGCCUUGAAUUGCAGACAGGAAAGUCCUCUAUCAUGUAAGAAAACCGGGGAUCAAAAAGUUCUUUCGCAGCAACCCGAAGCUGAAGCUCAAGUCAUUGCGCCAUUGCCAAAAAAUGUACCACAGAAUGUUGUACAAGCAAAAAGAAAAGCUAAAAAUGAUAGCAAUACACAGAUUCAGGGAGUUGACAUACCUACAGGAACAAUCAGCCAUCCUGUCCAAAGCACAACGAAAAAGAUGGAAAAUCUAAACUUACAGGAUAAUGUGAAAGGCCUACUGAAGAAUGAACCCAAUAAACUUAAAAAUGCUCAGGUACAAGCUAAGACGGUUGCUGAUUCGAAAGAAGAAAAAAGUAGCACUGGUGGUGCAAAGAAAAAGGCCACUGGAGACAGCACGUCGACAAGAACUGCCAUUGCAAAUUUAGGCUCGACAUCGCAAGGGAACAGAUCCUCCCUGGAAACUGAUAAUCGUAAACUCCUUGCAAGACCAGGAUAUGGUACUGUUGGCAGACCAAUUAAACUCAGAGCAAAUUUUCUUCCCAUGAAAAUUCCAACGUAUGGAGAUAUUUAUCACUAUGAUGUGUCAAUAGUGCCAGAAGCUUCACGUGAUAUUAACAGGGCGGUGAUCAAAAAGCUUGAAGACAAUUAUGGGAAAGUAUUUAACGGCGAAAAGCCUGUUUUUGAUGGAAAGAAGAAUAUAUAUACCAAGAAGCGUCUUCCUAUAGAGAAUAAUGGGAGCGAAUUUACUGUGAAGCACCAUUCAGAAUCCUGGCGAACUGAAAAAGAAUUCAAGGUUACGGUGAAAUUCGCCUCGAGUGUUAGCAUUGAGCUACUAAACCAAGCAUUGGCUGGCAAGUGUGAAAUUCCAAGAGAAACUAUCCAGGCACUUGAACUGGUGCUCCGCAUGACCCCAUCAGCAAGGUACACUGCGAUUGGAAGAUCGUUUUUUUCAAUGCCGACCAAUCCGUUCGAUCUUGGAGAAGGAUGUGAGUUGUGGUACGGUACCUACAAAAGUAUAAGGCCUACACAAGAAGGCAUGAUGAUUAACAUUGAUCUAGCUGCGACUGCGUUUUACAAGACUCAGGACGUUCUAGAUUUCCUCAAAGAGAUAUUACAAAAAAAUGAUAUACCGCGUAUUUUGAACGAUGCUGAGAGAGUCAGGUUCAGUAAAAGCAUCAAAGGCCUAAAGGUCCAACUGAAUCACAUUGUUGGGCAUAAGCACCAGAAAAGAAUUCUUGGCAUUGCAAAGGAAUCUUCAGAAGAAAUCAAAUUUGACUUGGAGCAGGAAGGAAAGAAAACGAGAAGGAUCUCAGUUGCUGAAUAUUUCAAAACCACGUACAAUAUGGUCUUGAGGUUUCCAAAACUUCCGUGCUUAAAGGCAGGAAGCGAUAAAAAAGUCGUCCAUUUGCCAAUGGAAGUAUGUACCAUUGUCCCGGGACAACGAUGUGUGAAAAAACUUAGCGAGGGGCAAACAGCAAAGAUGAUUAGAGAGACUGCAAAAAACGCAAAAGAGAGACAAAUGAUAAUAGAAUGCAAGGUGAGAGACGCGGAGCAUGCAACGGACCCAUACCUGAGGCAUUAUGAGAUCGAAGUGGAAGAUAAGCUAGUUCAUGUCGACGGCAGGGUUUUGAACCCACCUGCAAUCAAGCACGACGAGAGAAGUGCAUUGGUUACACCGAGAGAAGGGAAAUGGGACAUGAGAGGUAAAGGAUUUUUCAAAGGGGGCAAUAUUGACAAUUGGGGACUACUUAUCUGCUCGAGUACGAGGUUUCUCAACGAGAGUGAAGCAAGAAACUUUUGUAACAGCCUUUCUAGACAAGCAGAAAGCCUUGGUAUGAAGAUGAGUCCUGAACCUACUCAAAUAGUAUAUUACUCUGAGAGGCGAAAAACUUUGCAUCAAACAUUGACAGAUCUUCACGAGCCUUGCAUGAAAAUUCUACUGGUAAUCCUCGACGGUGGUUUAUACGCUGAAAUCAAAUAUAUAUGCGAUAACGACCUUGGCAUACAGACCCAAUGCAUAAAGGGAAAGAACGCCAAAAGGCCGAACCCACAACUCCUGGCAAACCUGUGCAUGAAAAUAAAUGCCAAAGUUGGAGGAACUAACAGUUAUUUUGAAGACAAUACAGGAUACAAAUUAUACAGAAACCCAAAAGUAUUUGGCAGACCGGUCAUCUUUCUUGGAGCUGAUGUGACGCAUCCAGCACCUUCAGAGACGAGCAGGCCCUCAAUAGCGGCUGUUGUUGGAAGCCUUGAUGAAUUUGCUACAAAGUAUGCGGCACGGGUCGAUGUUCAAGGGCACAGAAAGGAGAUAAUUGCAAAUUUGCAAGGAAUGACAAAGGAGCUUCUUAUUGAGUUUAAAAGAGCGACGGGAUAUGAACCUGAGAGAAUUAUUAUGUACAGGGACGGAGUUAGUGAAGGACAAUUCUCUCAAGUUCUUCAGCAUGAGGUAUCAGCUGUACAGAAAGCCUGCCGUUCGCUUCAUGCGGAAUAUAAGCCUUCGAUAACAUUUAUGACUGUUCAAAAGAGGCACCAUGUUAGGCUCUUCCCAGAGGACAGGAGAGAUGAAAUUGGAAGGAGUAAAAACAUCCCCGCCGGGACAGUGGUGGAUAAAACUAUUUGUCACCCGACAGAAUUUGAUUUUUACCUUUGUAGCCAUAGUGGCAUUCAGGGAACAAGUCGCCCGGCACAUUAUCGAGUUCUCUGGGAUGAUUCUCGCUUUACUGCAGACGAGCUACAGACGCUCACAUACAGCUUGUGCCAUAAUUACGCAAGAUGCACGCGGUCAGUUUCCAUUCCUCCGCCUGCGUAUUACGCUCACCAUGUUGCAAUGAGAGCCAGGUAUCAUGUAGCAGCGAAGGAGGGAAGCAGCCAAGGAAGCAGCAACAGCGGAUCUGGUUCGGUUGGUUCGGCCAGCACAAGCAAGAGUUUGCAAGAAGCUGUUACUGUUCACAAAAACCUGAAAUCCUGCAUGUACUUUAUCUAGGGCAUCUAGAGAUCUUAUUGUUGAGUCUCUUCCUAGUAUCAAAGACAACAACUAAUGUCUAAUACCUUUAGUAAGUGUUGUUUUAAAAAGUUUCAUCGCAAUGUGAAAGUAAUUGUAGGAACAAUCACGUCAAUAGAAAAACCAUAAGCCCUAACUGAAAAUUCUUUGGAAGACGUUUUCCACUAAAGGCCUAGCGCAUGCGGAAGAUUUUUGUCGUUUAUAGACUGGGGUUUGUAUUUCUUACAUGAAAAUCUUUGCUUCAAACUUGCAAUAAUUUUUUCCGCUACUCGGAUAAAGCCGUCUUAAAUGGCUCAACUGCUUUGUUUCUUGAUGCAUUUCGAUAGUUCCUUUUUGGCACUGUGUUUCUUUUGACAGCGGAUCAUAAAAUCUACAGAAAAGAUUUUUUGUGAUACACUUUGUUGCACCUGUAAAGCUGAAUUAUCAGAAGUAGAAUGCUACUGGCAUUUAUGUUGGGGUUUCUUCUGAAGAAUUUUGGGGCACUGAUUUCUUGUGUUCGUUAAAUAUUAAACGUAAUACUAUGUUGUAUUUGUGAUUAGCAAGAUUGCAUCCAUGAUAAAACUAGCUUUGUCUUGACUUUGAAGAAAUGGCUACCUUUUUUAGUUAAAUCAAGUACAUUCAUUACUUGGUUAUAGCUUUGUCUUGACUUUGAAGAAAUGGCUACCUUUUUUAGUUAAAUCAAGUACAUUCAUUACUUGGUUAUAGCUUUGUCUUGACUUUGAAGAAAUGGCUACCUUUUUUAGUUAAAUCAAGUACAUUCAUACAUUCAUUACUUGGUUAUAGCUUUGUCUUGACUUUGAAGAAAUGGCUACCUUUUUUAGUUAAAUCAAGUACAUUCAUUACUUGGUUAUAGCUUUGUCUUGACUUUGAAGAAAUGGCUACCUUUUUUAGUUAAAUCAAGUACAUUCAUACAUUCAUUACUUGGUUAUAGCUUUGUCUUGACUUUGAAGAAAUGGCUACCUUUUUCAGUUAAAUCAAGUACAUUCAUACAUUCAUUACUUGGUUAUAGCUUUGUCUUGACUUUGAAGAAAUGGCUACCUUUUUUAGUUAAAUCAAGUACAUUCAUACAUUCAUUACUUGGUUAUAGCUUUGUCUUGACUUUGAAGAAAUGGCUACCUUUUUUAGUUAAAUCAAGUACAUUCAUUACUUGGUUAUAGCUUUGUUUUCAUCACUCUGAGACUAGGCUUUGGAUUUGAUUGGAUAAAGCUACUAGAAGUACCAGCUGGUUUGACUUCAGCACGCUUGAAAGAGACAUGAAAACAGGGUCUUCAUAAGAAGGGGUAGGGGCAAGUGCUUUCUAGCAACCUCCUUUUGAAAAUAUCUGCAUUUUGUCAUUAUUAUUAAUAUUAUUAUAAUUAUAAAAUUAUUAUUUACAGUAGGCGAAGCAAAAUUUUUUUAGCUAACAUAACAGCUAGUUAAAGCCUACUAUUUAUACUACAUUUACAAAUCUUAAAUUAAUUACAAUGAAUGGAUAAAAUGAUAUAGGAAAUGUACAAAUUUAAAAGGAUGACUCAUUAGAUAAAAACAUACAAUUAUUCGAUGACUAUUUCAAGAAUCCAAUCUGUGAAACGUAAGGUUUGCAUAGUCUGCAGUUGCAUUUUGUAUCUUUCCAAGUUUUAAUCUUUUUCUUAAAUAUUGCGAGUCUAGAAGAUGUUUUAAUGUCAUUUGUUAGCUCUUGCCAGAGCUUGGAUCCCAUAAAGGUUGUACUUUCUAUACCAUAACAAUUUGAUUUUGGUUUUGAUAGCGAUAUUCGGGAUAUGUUUCUAAGAUUAUAGCAUGUAUUUCUUUCAGUAAAGAUUUCUUUCAUGAAACUUGGGUUAAGAUUAUGUAAAGUUCUAUAUAUUUCUGUAAAAAGCAAUUGCAGAUUUUUAUCAUGGAUAGAUGUUGAGUCGUCUUUUUCAAGUAGAGUUUGAAAGCUUGAUUCAUAGUCAUCAUAGGCAAGACGCAAAGACUUUUCA